CUGGUGAGGACUUUAUUAACUGCAGUUACUGAGAAAUUGCAAGACAAAACUAAAAUCCUUCAGAUCCACAAUUGACUGCCCUGAACGCAUCCACCGAAAAGUCCAGAGGAAGGUGAGCCAUGGAUUACUACAGAAAAUAUGCUGCUGUCAUUUUGGCCACACUGUCUGUGUUUCUGCAUAUUCUCCAUUCCUUUCCUGAUGGAGAAUUCACAAUGCAGGGUUGCCCAGAAUGCAAGUUAAAGGAAAACAAAUACUUCUCUAAACUGGGUGCCCCAAUUUAUCAGUGCAUGGGCUGCUGCUUCUCCAGAGCAUAUCCCACUCCAGCAAGGUCUAAGAAGACAAUGUUAGUUCCAAAGAACAUCACCUCGGAGGCCACAUGCUGUGUGGCCAAAGCAUUUACCAAGGCCACAGUAAUGGGAAAUGCCAAAGUGGAGAACCACACGGAGUGCCACUGCAGUACUUGUUAUUAUCACAAAUUUUAAAUAUUUUGCAAAGUGUCGUGUUGGUGACUGCUGAUUUCCUGGAAUGAAAAAUUAAGUGGUUCAGUGUUUAUGACCUUAUGAGAUAAAACCUUUUUUUCCCUUACCAUAUCAUUUUGGCAUGCUUCAAGGAUAUACUGCAGCUUUAUUGCCUUUCUCCUUAUCCUACAGUAUAAUCAGUAGUUUAGCUCUUUUCAUUUGGAAUGAAAUACAGCAUUUAGCAUGACCAUAAAAAGCUGGUUCCACUGGAAAAAAAGCCUGUUAAAUCAUCA